AGGCCGCUACCAGAGCCGUCUCUACGUCACUCCUCCACGGUCCAAUCCAAAUACUGUAACUUCCAUUGCCGAACUUAAGGCUUCAAAACUGUAGUCCACAAAACAAUGGGUUACAUCCACUUCUUAUAUACAGUCUAUGGGUACGACUAUUAAAAGGCUGGUUCACCCCAGUCUAUUAUAUACCUCUGUUGGUGUCUCGCCAUGCAGAUGUUUUUAGUUUUAUUUGCCCUGGUUCUCGAAAGUUCUGCCUCCACCACAAUACAGUUGAGGAGGAUAGACAAAAAAAACAUACUUAAAAAAACAUACUCAACAGCAAAAUCUCUCUCCUGAAACAAUGUCCCUGUUGCUCUGGAUGAACCACAAAACACAGUGUCAACAGUUUUCAGAGGGCUUAUUCAUUCACUAGGAAGUAGUCCCAAAGAAAACUGUUGACUUUGAAGUCCUUGGAUUAUCCUAAGGAAGCGACACAUUGUUCCUGCAAAGAAACAUUGCUGUUUUGACUUUUUCAAAGCUUUAAGCACAAUCAAUACAAUUCCUUUCAGCUCAAACAUAAGGGGUGACUGCAGGUUUACCAAAGGGGCAAAUAAAACCAAAAAUACCUACAUGUCUAGACACAGCUCAUGGUAAGUAAGAAAAUGUGUUUUUAUUCAUGCUACUGCAUGUCAUCUAGGGAUGGCAACAGGGGUCGGUCUAUCACUUUGAUCCAGAUGGAAAUAUCUCAACAACCAUCAGACGGAUUGCCAUGAAAUGUCAUCCAGUCAUGGUCCCAAGAGGAUGAAUCCUAAUGACUUGGAUCUCCUGACUUUUACCUGUAGUUUGUGGUUUAUGGUGACAGUGUUUCAGUUAAACUAUUGGAUGGACUUUGAGCAUGUUAGCAUGCUGAUGUUAGCAUUUAGCUCAAAGCACUGCUGUUCCUAAAUGCAGACUAAGCCAGACUUAACAAGUUGAGAUGCGAGACUGGAGUCGAGAGACGACUUGUAUGACCGGAUUGUUUCACAAGUAGCCAGUUUGCGAGCUAAUUAUAGACCAACAAAAAGCUACACCAUGAUAGAUGAUAGCCGGUGGGUUCCAAGAUUACAUUUCAGCCAAUGCGUUCCUCCCUUUUCAUUUUGCUCUCCAAUAUGAACUGUUUACCUGCAUUCAACCAAAGCCUGCUCCAACUUGAUUGGUCAAUUCUACUUGGACUACAAACAGAAACCAGAAUGCUCCAAAUACCAAAAUUGUCUCCCUUUGCCUACAAAUACUGCAUAUGAAGGCAGUUUUUCAUACAGUUUAUUUAUCAUACAGUUUAAAGGUAUAGCGCACAUGAAACACAUUGUGUAUGUAUAAAACAUAAUGUUUAAUGUAUUGUUGUUUAUCGUAGCGAUCUCUAAUCUUAAGUGUCCAAAGAAAAGCCCUCUGCCUCUUGUACAACAUCACCAGCCCUAGGUUUUCCUCAUAAAGAAUACAUGGAUGUACAUCAUAAGUAAUGAAUAGAGUCCAAGUAAAGAAGUUUUUUUCCUCCUUUUCAGGACAGCGACCUGCUGACAUUCAACAUCUCCGCCCAUCACUCUUGGUGGAGCGAACACGGGCCGGGCUGCGUGAGGAGAGAGAUGCCUCAGGCCCCGGGGGUCCACACCACGGAGAGCCACUCCUACAUCACGGUCAUGGGCUGCCUCAUGGACUACCAGUACAUCGAGGUCGUGCACAGCGGCACGCAGAUCCUCGUCGCUCUCCUGGGCUUCGUGUACGCCUGUUAUGUUGUCAGCGCCAUCACCGAGGAGGAGGACAGCUUCGAUUUUAUUGGUGGAUUUGACCCAUUCCCUCUCUACCAUGUCAAUGAGAAACCAUCUCAUCUCCUCUUAAAGCCCAUGUACCUGUCUACGUAAAUGAGAGAAGCGUCCGGCGGCGGAGGCAACACGGCAAAAUUUUCCCACGAAGACAAAAUGGCUGUUUUUGACACAAACGUCCCCCCUCAGUUCACUGGAGGGACACGCCAGACAUUCCUCCAAUUCUUGAUUUCAGUACGCUGUUUACUGGUGUGCUGCCCAGAAAACCAACACUUUCUCAGUUAAGGCCCAUUGUUUUCCAGGGAGCGGUGACGGGUUCCUGGAAAAAGGGGGUGGGGGGGGGGGGGGGGGGGUUACAGUUCAACAAAGCCUCAUAUUGUCUUUUUCUUUGAGUUCUCUGCUGAGGUUCCAUUGCUGUGACCUGCCCAUACUGGUCUCAUACUCCCCAAGACUGUACAGAACAUGUACAGCGUAUAGACAAACGUGUGUGUGUGUGUGUGUGCGUGUAAUCGGGGACGGCCCAGCGUUCCCACUCUUGCGGUGCCGUGUCUUAGAGGACUCGGUGAUUUAGCGUGUUAUUGCUGGUUUUGGCUCAGAUCUCGGCCGGAGGGCUGAAUUACAGUGGAGCCUGUGGAAUGAGCUAUUGUGCGCCGCCUGUUUACUUUAGGCCAGGAUCUGUGUGCAUAAAUACAGAAGCAAAGCAGGAAGAGAGGCAGGGGGAGGUAGAGGGGAGGUAGAGGGGAGGGAAGGGAACAAAAAAAAAGCACCAAACCUACGGGGGCAUCCGUCAAAAAAUAGAAAAUGUAAAUAAUGAAACAACAGGAGGGAUUUGGGAUUUAGAGUUUGAAAUGUUGGCGAGUAAGAGGAGUUCAGACGGCAUGAGUCUUACUUUUUUUAUUUGGGGAGUCUUAUUGUCGGUUCUGAAGUGUCAGGUGUUAGAAGACUUUGCUUUGUUGUUCCUCCUCUAACUGCUGACAUGUCGGGCUGCUUCAUCAUUACACGCUCAAGCAAAGGUUACGCGGCGUAUUUUUAACUUCAAGUAAAAAAACUAAAAAAACAAUAGCGACCGUUUUUCCCCGUUCACGUUGCAUAAAGCGACGACGUUGAGCUGCAGCUGGCUUCAGUGUGGAAGCAGCAUGGCCUCCAGCUGAGUCUCCUGUCAGUCCAACGGUGGUGAUCGUCUCAGUUGUGAUUGUUUUAGAGCAUGUUUUUUUUUUACAGGGUUUAUAUUGUUAUAGUGUGUAUAACAUGUUUAGGAAAGACAAAACGGGUGUCUUCAAGUGUCUGUAUAUGAGCUGGUUAAACAGUGACUGAAAAGCUUCUACUGUGUAGUUUCUUACUCAGAUUUGUUUGACACAUGUUGUAUUUAGGCGAGCACACGUGGGUCUUAUCUAUACUGAUGAUAAGUAGCACUUUUUCUCUUUUGUUAAUGUCAGAUAUUUCAAAGUCAGAUCCUCUGUUGCCUCACUGGUUGUGUGCAUCACUACUGCUCUCUGGUGUUCAGAGGGUUCAUGUGCAAGUUGCAAGGCGACCGAGUUUCUGCUUCAGGGUAAAAACAUCCACGAUUUGUCUUAAAACUACCUUUUUGUCUGCUACACAGUAAACCUUUCAACAAGUAUGUUCGACAACACUUUCUCUGGUGUCUGUAAUGCAUUAUAAACAAAGUUAUAAUGUGUUAUAAUCUGCUUAUAGCACAAUAUUAUUAUAGUUAUAAGCACUCGUCAUUUUCACAAUGCUUUAUAACGAUAAUCAAAACACAUUUCAAAAUAUUUAUAAUGACUCUUAAGGUCAAAUAUCAUAACACUUCAUAAUUAUUAGUCACUCUCUUAUAAUUUCCAUAGUUAUAAUACAUUAUAAUCGUUUUUAUAAUACAUUGUAAUCACUGUAACAAUGCAUAAUAAUGCGAUUAUAAUAAGUUACUUCAAGUGGUUAUUGUUUGCUUUAAGUAAAGUGAAUAAAUAUCAUUAAAUCUAUGCAAUAAAAUGUAUUUUCUCAUUUUACUUAAAUCAGACAAUGACCACUUAACGUAACGUAUUGCAAUCACAUUAUAAUGCAUUAUGACAGUAAUUAUAAUGCAUUUUAAAAAGACAAUUAUGGGAAUUAAAAAACACUAUGAUGUUUGAACAAAAACGAUCAUUGAGUGAUUCUGAAGUAUUAUGACACAUGGACUUAAAAGUAAUUAUAAAAAGCUGUAAAAUGUGUUAUUAUUAUUAUAAAACACGAGGAAUGUUUGUUGUGUUUAUAGCUAUAAGUAUACAGUGUGAUAAGCCGAUUACAAUGCAUUUAUAAGUAUCUUUAUAAUUAUAAUAGACUGGGCUUCAAAGUAAUUAUCAUGUA